CGUCCAAUACCUCUUGGGGCUGCACGGGAGAAUCCACGACGCUUGAGAAAUUUGUCAUUUGUCAAACUCAUCGGGCUCUGAGUCAUCAUGUGCCCCAGUGGCAUUUUCUUGCAAGUCUUCGGUGGGAAAGUUCCUCGCAAACAGCUGGUGACCACAUCAGUCGGCAGAUGUUUCAAACAUAGAAACAUAGAAAUUAGGUGCAGGAGUAGGCCAUUCGACCCUUCGAGCCUGCACCGCCAUUCAAUAUGAUCAUGUCUGAUCAUCCAACUCAGUAUCCCAUACCUGCCUUCUCUCCAUACCCUCUGAUCCCCUUAGCCACAAGGGCCACAUCUAACUCCCUCUUAAAUAUAGCCAAUUAACUGGCCUCGACUACCCUCUGUGGCAGAGAGUUCCGGAGAUUCACCACUCUCUGUGUGAAAAAAGUUCUUCUCAUCUCGGUUUUAAAGGAUUUCCCCCUUAUCCUUAAGCUGUGACCUCUUGUCCUGGACUUCCCCAACAUCGGGAGGCCCAGGACCGUUGGUGAGCAGUCGAGGAGGGUCAGGGCGGUGAGUAUAUAAAUCGGGCGCGGGGCUUGUUUUCACAGAGGCCCAGGACCGUUGGAGAGCAGUAGAGGAGGGUCAGGGCGGUGAGUAUAUAAAUCGGGCGCGGGGCUUGUUUUCACAGAGGCCCAGGACCGUUGGAGAGCAGUAGAGGAGGGUCAGGGCGGUGAGUAUAUAAAUCGGGCGCGGGGCUUGUUUUCACAGAGGCCCAGGACCGUUGGAGAGCAGUGGAGGAGGGUCAGGGCUUUUACCGAAAUCCGUAACGUUCCACACUCCAUAGUGAGGGUUCUGGUGGAAGCCGCUGAUUGGUGGAAGCAGACUAGAGGAAGCAGCUGAUUGGGUGCAACCUCAGGUUAGCAUUUGUGCUUUCUGGUUAAAGGGGCAGUGCUUUAGUAAAGGUACAGUGGGCUAAGGGUACAGUGGGCUAAAGGUACAGUGCUUUUUGUUUAUAUAAUAAAGGUGCAGUUUAAAGGUCACGAGGGAGCAGCUGUUGUGAGUCGGAUACCUGCUGAUUUCUCCCAGCAGUUUCUAUUGUAUUAUACUGGUAUCAGAUCCAGGGUAAGGCGGGAGAAUGACAGUCAGAGCAGUAUACUGUUCUGGAUGUCGGAUGUGGGAGGUCAUGGUUUCGGAUGGCCCUCCAGACAUCCACAUCUGCACCAGGUGCAGCGAGAUGGGGCUCCUAAGGGACCGUAUUAGGAUCCUGGAGCAGCAGCUCGAUGACCUCGCUCUGAUCAGGGAGAGUGAGGAGGUCAUAGAGGGGAGUUAUAGAGAGGUGGUCACUCCAAAACCACGGGAGAGAGACAUGUGGGUCACGUUAAGGAAGGGCAAGGGGCAGAGGCAGGAACGAGUGAGUACUCCAAUGUCGGUACACCUCGCAAAUAAGUACUCCUGUUUGAGUACGGAUGGGGGUGACAGCCUACCCGGGGGUAGUGACAGUGGACGGGCCUCCAGCACAGAGACCGGCCCUGUUGCUCCAAAAGCUAGGGAAAAAAAGAGGGCAAUAGUAAUUGGGGACUCUAUUGUUAGGGGGUCGGAUAGGCGAUUCUGUGGACGCAGUCGGGAGACCAGGAUGGUGGUCUGCCUCCCUGGUGCCAAGGUCUCGGAUGUGUCUCAACGCAUCCAAGAUAUCCUUAAAUCAGAGGGAGAGGAGCCUGAGGUCGUGGUACAUAUAGGUACCAAUGACAUAGGGAAAAAAAGGGAAGAGGUCCUGAAGGGAGGAUUUAGGGAGUUGGGAGGAGAGUUAAGAAAAAGGACCAAAAAGGUAACAAUCUCAGGAUUACUGCCUGUGCCACGCGACAGUGAGAGUAGGAAUGGAGCGAGGUGGAGGAUAAAUGCGUGGCUGAAAGACUGGUGCAGAGGGCAGGGAUUCAAGUUCCUGGAUCAUUGGGACUUCUUUUGGGGAAGGUGGGACCUGUACAGAAAGGAUGGGUUGCACUUGAACCCGAGGGGGACCAAUAUCCUAGCGGGGAAAUUUGCAAAGGCAGCUGGGGAGACUUUAAACUAGAAUGGUUGGGGCGAGGGACUCAAAUAGCGAAAGGUAGUAGACAGAAUGGGAGGCAGGAAGCAGAAAUGGGAAGCACUCGGACACAAGAGGAGAAAGAAAAAAAAGAAAAUAAACAGAGAAUAAGAGACGGGGGUUUUCUUAAAUGUGCAUAUUUUAAUGCUAGGAGCAUUGUAAGAAAGGUGGAUGAGCUUAGAGUCUGGAUAGACACCUGGAAGUAUGAUGUUGUGGCGAUCAGUGAAACGUGGUUGCAGGAGGGCUGUGAUUGGAAACUAAAUAUUCCAGGAUUUCGUUGCUUCAGGUGUGAUAGAAUUGGAGGGGCAAGAGGUGGAGGUGUUGCAUUGCUAGUCAGGGAAGAUAUUACAGCAGUGCUUUGGCAGGAUAGAUUGGAGGGCUCAUCUAGGGAGGCUAUUUGGGUGGAAUUGAGAAGUGGGAAAGGUGUAGCAACACUUAUAGGGGUGUAUUAUAGACCGCCAAACGGGGAACGAGAAUUGGAAGAGCAAAUAUGUAAGGAGAUAGCAGAGAUUAGUAGUAAGCACAAGGUAGUGAUUGUGGGAGAUUUCAACUUUCCACACAUAGACUGGGAAACACAUUCUGUAAAUGGGCUGGAUGGGUUGGAGUUUGUAAAAUGUGUGCAGGAUAGUUUUUUGCAGCAAUACAUAGAGGUACCUACUAGAGGAGGGGCAGUGCUGGCCCUCCUGUUAGGAAAUGAGACUGGACAGGUGGCGGAGGUAUGCGUUGGGGAGCACUUCGGGUCCAGUGAUCACAAUACCAUUAGUUUCAAUAUAACUAUGGAGAGGGUCAGAACUGGACCUAGGGUUGAGAUUUUUGAUUGGAGAAAGGCUAACUUUGAUGCGAUGCGAGAUGAUUUAAAAGGAGUGAACUGGGACAUUUUGUUUUAUGGGAAAGAUGUAGAAGAGAAAUGGAGGACAUUUAAAGGGGAAAUUUUA